AUGCCAUUAAAGCGAACGGGAUACCACUACCCUGACUCUGUAGAUUUUCAGUGUGGAGUGGGAUAUACCAUUUAUGGAGCCAAUCGUUCAAAAUGCUUGGCAUCAGGAAAUUGGAGUCACCAACCCCCAACAUGCAAUGCUGUUUCCUGUCCAGACUUACCUUCAUCCAGUUACAUGAAAAUUCCAACAAAGCUAACAGGAUACCAUUACCCUGAUUCUCUGGAUUUUCAAUGUGAAAUUGGAUAUCAAGUUAAUGGUGCCAACAACAUAGAAUGCUUGUCAACAGGAAGUUGGAGUCACCAACCACCAACAUGUAAUGCUGUGUCCUGUCCAGACUUACCUUCAUCCAGUAACAUGAAAAUACCAACAAAGCUAAAAGGAUACCAUUACCAUGAUUCUGUGGAUUUUCAAUGUGAAAUAGGAUAUCAAGUUAAUGGUGCCAACAACAUAGAAUGCUUGUCAACAGGAAGUUGGAGUCACCAACCACCAACAUGUAAUGCUGUGUCCUGUCCAGACUUACCUUCAUCCAGUUACAUGAAAACACCAACAAAGCUAAAAGGAUACCAUUACCAUGAUUCUGUGGAUUUUCAAUGUGAAAUAGGAUAUCAAGUUAAUGGUGCCAACAACAUAGAAUGCUUGUCAACAGGAAGUUGGAGUCACCAACCAUCAACAUGUAAUGGCAAGUACUAG